UUUAUAUGAUCACAAACUUUACAAACCAUAGUUUAAAUAGAUAGUGAAAUAAGAGACCCUAACACAUAACAAGAAUAUGGCAGAUUGGGGACCAAUUUUUGUGUCAGUGGUUCUCUUCAUUCUCUUGACUCCUGGUUUGUUAUUUCAAAUACCUGGUAGAGGAAGGUUUGUGGAAUUUGGAAACUUUCAAACUAGUGGAUUAUCAAUACUCAUCCAUGCUAUGCUCUACUUUGCUCUUGUUUGCAUCUUCAUGUUAGCAAUUGGAAUCCACAUCUAUGCUGGUUAAUUUAUAAUCCAAAUUACUAUAUGAAUUGUUUAAUUAUAGAAUGUAUUUUUCAGUUUAUUUGGUAUUGUAUGGUUUGAAUUAUUAAUUCUAGCUAGGACUCUUUAUUUUUUAUUUUCAAUGUAUAUUAGAAAAAGUAGAAUUAAUGACCUAAUUUAAAGAUGAAAAAAAAAAUGAAAUUCGUCACUAAUUUAUGCAUGUCAUGAAAUUAGGGACGAAUGUCGUAUUUUUUUCUCGUUAAAGUUUGGUCUUUAAUUCAUUUUUUCCAAUAUAUAUAUGGUGUGGCCUAAUUUUGGAUAACCGAUUUGGUUGUAUGAAUUAUGAUUAUCUUAGUAUAUUAAUUUAUGCUUUUAUUUUCUUGUUUUUGAGAUGAAAUACAAAAUUGCGCAACAAAAUAUAUUUAA